GGGGGAGCAGACGCACGCCCAGAAAAUAUGGAAGAGAUGUGGAGUCCUGAGAUCUGUGUCUAUUUCUUAGUGUGUCCCUGGGCCCCUUCAUCUCAGAAGGCCGGCAGGCUUCCGUCCGUAGCCACUUUGGCUCAAGACACCAGUCCAUUUGGAUUCAGGCCUCGGCUGAAGAGGAGGUCCGAGCGGGGAGCGCAUUGCGCCAGGACCAUGCUUCGCCAAUCGUUCGUUGCGGCGGUGGCCUUGGCGCCCGGCGUGGCCGCCACAUCCGGGCGACGCCGUUAUCACGAGUUGGCCUACCCAUCCGAGGUCCAAGCAGCAGACGGCGAGUACACGCUCGAGAUGGGAGAGGGCCUGCUUCUCCCCAAUCUGCCGACGCGCGUGUACGUCAACGGGCCGACGUUCCGCAUGCAGCCGGGCGAGUCCCUCCGCAUCAAGCUACAAAACAGCUUGUCCGCCGAGCACAAUGUCGGCUGCGACGUCACAGGGACAGAAUACUGCGAGGCGGCCACCACCAAUCUUCACACGCACGGCCUGCACACCUCCCCCGCGGGCCCGGACGAGCGCGGCGUCUCCAGCGACGACGUGUCCCUGGCGGUGGAGCCUGGCGCAAGCCGGCAGUACGAGUUCACCAUCCCGGAUUACCACAUGGGCGGCACGCACUGGUACCACCCGCACCACCACCACGCCACCGCCCUUCAGGCGGGUGGCGGAGCCGCUGGUGCGCUCAUCGUCGACGACCCUCCCGGCUACCUGCCCGAGGCGUACGCCAGCAUGGUGGAGAAGGUCCUCGUCAUAUCGAACCACAAUCUGGCCGCGCUCGAGAACAUCGCCCAGAUGGCGCAUUCCGGUCUGCUGGAGAACGCGUCUGCAAUCGCGGCGGCCGAAGGGUACGCCGAGAACGUCUUUCUCGUGAACGGCCAGCUCGCUCCGACCAUGAGCAUCAAUUCGCACGUGUGGUACCGCCUGCGCACCGUCUUCGCGGCGGUGCAGCAGGGCCUCAGGCUGCACGUGGACCCGAGAGAAAGCGGGCUGGCCAAUUGCUCGUGGUAUUUGAUCGCAAAAGACGGCGUCUACCUCAACGAGAUCCCGAGGAAGAUCGACAGAGCCGACCUCGUUCCCGGGGCCCGCGCGGACAUCGCCAUGUCCUGCACCUGUGCGACGUACCCCUGCAGAGCGGUUCUGAGGUCCCAGCCGUUCCCCACGGACCAGAUCUCCCGCAGGAUGUCAGACCCCCAGACGACCACCGAUGGGCCCGCGACCACCGUCGAACCCGGCGCGGAUGGCCAGACCAACGACGCUCCCACGGACGAUGCCACCGCCGAUGUGGCAGAGGUGACCGUCCUCAAGAUCAUCAUCACGGAGACGGCCGGCGGCACGGUCCAGGAGCUCCCGGUGUUCUCGCCGGACCGCCCGUGCUAUCUCGCCGACCUUCGGCAGGCGAGCGUGCCGAAUGGGCAGUCGGGGGCGCACAUGGUGCUCUCGGGCCCCUUGCGCGCGGUCACCUGGGACGGGGAAGGCACGAGCAUGACCUACCAGAACAUGAAGGCCGGGAACAACGGGACCGGUUACACCAUGAAGGAGUGGCCGCCAAUUACGGAGUUCACAGUCGGGUCAGUGUACGAGUGGAGUGUCUCUUUCAAUGGACAUCCGUUGCACCUGCACGUGAACCCGUACCAGAUCCAGGACAUGAGCGGGGAGAGCUCCCGCGACAGCGGCUACUACCAGGCGGGCGACUGGCACGACACUCUGAUGCUCGACGUCGACGCGACGGUCCGGAUGAAUGUCGACAGGUUCACAGGGAGCAUGGUCGUUCAUUGCCACAUCCUCUCGCACGAGGACGAGGGGAUGAUGUCCCUCAUCGGCCUCACGGGCACCGAGGGCGCCGCCUACUCGCACGACGGCGCCACCGGCUGCUACAGCACCGCGUGGAGCCCGGGGCAGGCGCAGAUCGUCUCGGGGGCGCCGGGCCCGGCCUGGGGCGGCCUCGGCGCGCUCGCCCUCGCCGCCGCCGCGGCGCUCUGAGCGGGGGGCGCGGCCCGCGGCGGCCCGCUGCGGCGCGCGCUGAGGCAGCCAGGCGCCACGGCACGGCAGCGGGAGCCGCCGGCGGGCAUCCUCCCCGGAGUCGUGCGCCCCGCGAGGAGGCUUUUUUUUCUCCAGUUUGAGCGAGUCGGGGCGAUCCCGCCCCGCGAGUAGCACGGCGCCACGGCACGGCAGCGGGAGCCGCCGGCGGGCCUCCUCCCCGGAGUCGUGCGCCCCGCGAGGAGGCUUUCUUUUUUUUCUCUCCAAUUUGAGCGAGUCGGGGCGAUCCCGCCCCGCGACUAGCACGGCGCCAAUCGUGUGCCGGUGGCCUGUCUUCCACGUGUCCACAAGCACGUCCGGCCCUGUUGUAGGCUCACCUCCCAGGCGCGGCUGCUGCGAGCUUCGCUUUCUCAAUUACAGGGGCAUUUGAGGGCCCAUCGCUUGGCGGCCAGCCACCCAUCGCACAAGUUUCCCUCAUCCUUGCUGCUGCUGUUCCUCAUCACUCCUCGAGGCUACAUCCCCCUUCACAUGGAGGUGCGGGAGCCUCUUGGGCACUGCAUGCCAUCGGAGCUGCUAGGUUUGGGUGAUCCCCCCAUGCGCAUCAGCCAUAAUACAGAUACUUGGCUGCUUUAGGGGCGUUGAUUGCGCGGAGAGCAUCGGCGAGGGA